UUGUAUUGUUAGUUGCAUAACGGUUGAUGCUUCGAUAAUUUGACAUUUGUCAUUCUGUGGUCCAAUUUAACCAAUUUUCUUGGGCAAAAACUCGUAAAAUUAUCGACAUUGAAACAAUUUACAAGUGCGGCUUAAAACCAGUGUAAUUAAAGUGUUAUGUGUUUGCUGAGUGAACCAAAAAAACCAUAAAAAGCUCUCUUGUGUGUUGGUUAUAAAUCAUGAUGCUGACUCUCCCCUUUAGAAAUUUUAUAAAGAAAGCUGCAAAUCGCACUUUGCAAAACAGUCUUUUACUGCGGGCCAAGUCGACCAAGGAAGAGAAAAGUGAGGCUGAGAAGAGCCAAGAAGCUGCUCUCGAAGAGAAACUUUUUCUGGUUGAUGAGAAUGAUAAAGUUAUAGGGCAUGCCUCUAAGAGGGAGUGCCACCAAGUGAAGAAAGACGGCGAAAUUCCGCUGCAUAGGGCCUUUAGUGUGUUUCUGUUUAGCAGCCAUGGAGAUUUGCUGUUGCAAAGGCGCUCUGAAGAAAAAAUCACAUACCCUGGACUGUACACGAAUUCGUGUUGUAGUCACCCCAUCGUGGACAUUGAAGGGGAGGGAGAGGAGUGCGACGCUUUGGGGGUGAAAAAGGCGGCUCAGAGGAGGUUAGGGUUUGAGUUGGGGAUUCCCAAAGACAAGUUACCUCUAGAGAAGUUUAAUUAUAUCACGAGAGUGCACUAUAAGGACGAAGGGAAUGGAGAAUGGGGCGAACACGAGAUUGAUUACGUCUUGUUCUUCCAAGGUGAUGUCCCUGUGAAUCCGAAUCCGAACGAAAUCUCAGAAAUUAGCUACGUCCCGAGACACGAAUUAGACCAGCAUUUACCAACCCUAGGGACCCUAACACCCUGGUUUCACCUAAUCCUCAAGCACAGACUCAAACUUUGGUGGGAUAAUUUAGACAAAAUAGAUAAAAUCAUCGAUCACGAGAAAAUCCUCAAGUUAGGAUUCCCGAAGUAAAUUUAACUACUUAUAAAGGGCCUUAAUCUAAGUGGAAAGUUGAUUAAAAAGCGGUUGUUUUAUUGGCUUAUAUUCUAUUAAUCUGUCCCAAUUUAAUUUUUUAUAAUGUAAAUAUAUAACAAGGGUCAACAAUAAAGCUUGUUAAAAUAUU